AUGACACCGCGAGCGCCGCCCCCCUCCUCUGUGACUCCUCCCCCUUCCGCGAGUGACUCGCCUUCUUGGGCACGAUCGCGUGCGUUAGAGGGUCACUCACGAGCCGCGCCGGUGCAGCCGCUCUCUUCUCCUGGUGCUUUCGAGUCGUCUUCUGCAAAUUCCGGCUCUCAUGGAAGUCCCAUCGCGCCCGGCUGCCUCCACGCUCACGACAACGGCAGCCGGGGCUAUGUUCAACCUGUAGUAGCAGGUGCAGCUCCUCCUCUCUCCUCCCCCUCUUCGCCGCGAGCCGCCUCCUCUUCUCCUGACCCCCGGCGCCUGGCGGCAGGCGACAAGCAGGGGAGAGUUCUUCCUCUCAGAGGACGGUCUCCCUGCGAACGCUCGCUAGACUCCGCGCAGGCUCCUUCUUCGUCUUCACACAAUUCCGCGCCUUCAACACCCUCCCCCUCCCUCUCCGCCCCCCUUCCCUCCUCCUCUCGGCGUCCAGCGAAGCGGCGGUGCCCGCCCAUAGGUUGCCGCUGCGUGCCGGUUCCGAAGGAGCUCUCGGCGUACUGCUGUUCCUCUGAGCCUUCUUCGCUGUUGUCAUUUUGGUUUGAGCCGCGGCUCUUCUUCCGCACGUGGCCGUUCGAGGCAGCGGUGCGCGCCUCUGCCAAGUCGUCGUGUCUGCCGGUGCCUCCCUCCGUCCGCUUCAGUUUUUCCUCUUCGGUGCUCCCCAACCUCAUUCCGAUUUUCGUCUUCACCGUCUUCCCCUUCCUCUCGCUGUUGUCGCUCUACUGCCUCGUGCCGUCUUCGCACUUUUUCAUCCUCUUUCUCGCCGCGCUGCCCUUCCUCCCCCUCGUCGGCCUCGGCGUCGCCUCCUGGCUCUUCUUCACUCUCUCCUGGCUCGCUGUCAAGCUCGCCGCACCCGCCUGA